UUGACUUUGCUCACUUCGGGCCCGGGCGCGGGAAGGUGCUGGUCGUCUGCGCUCAGUGUCGUUCGAGCCGAGAAGCCAGACGGACUGGACUUGCCCGCCGGUCACGUCCCGGGCCGGCCUCUAUCCACCGCGUGACGGGUGCUAUCCUCGGGCCCGCCAUCCCCGCACCGUCGCCGGCGAGCUCAACCUCCAGAAACAGCGGCAAGAAUCACAUGAACUCGGUCCUCGUCCCUCUCAACGACGUAAAAGGACACCGUGGCCCUCAGCCUCGCGGCGCCGGGGAGGCUGGGCGAGAGACCUCCGUCCCGCGGCCUGCAGAGCACCCCUUCGCGGAGACCCGAAACCCUCUGGAUCAUCUUCUGCUCCCGCUGCUGCUCUUGGCCUGUGCACGUGUCCUGUGCUGAUUCUCUGCCCAAGAGAGGAUCAUGCAGUUGGAGAUCAAAGUGGCCCUAAACUUCAUCAUCUCCUAUUUAUACAACAAGCUGCCACGGCGCCGGGCAGACCUGUUUGGGGAGGAGCUGGAACGGCUCUUGAAAAAGAAGUAUGAAGGCCACUGGUACCCUGAGAAGCCAUUGAAGGGUUCUGGCUUCCGCUGUGUCCACAUUGGGGAGAUGGUAGACCCUGUGGUGGAGCUGGCUGCCAAGCGGAGUGGUCUAGCAGUGGAGGAUGUGCGUGCCAACGUGCCCGAAGAGCUGAGUGUCUGGAUUGACCCUUUCGAGGUAUCCUACCAGAUUGGAGAGAAGGGAACUGUGAAAGUCUUGUACCUGGAUGACAGUGAGGGUGGUGGUGCCCCAGAGCUGGACAAGGAGAUCAAAAGCAGCUUCAACCCUGAUGCCCAGGUGUUUGUGCCCAUCGGCAGCCAGGACAGCUCCCUGUCCAACUCUCCAUCGCCAUCCUUUGGCCAGUCACCCAGCCCCACCUUUAUUCCCCGGUCUGCCCAGCCUAUCACCUUCACUACUGCCUCCUUUGCUGCCACCAAAUUUGGCUCCACAAAGAUGAAGAAGGGUGGUGGAGCAUCGAAUGGUGUAAGUGUGGCUGGCAGUGGGGCAAGUGGCCAGCAGCCACCACAGCAGCAGCCUCGCAUGGCCCGCUCGCCCACAAAUAACCUGCUGAAGCACAAGAGCCUCUCUUUGUCUCUGCAUUCACUGAACCUCAUGACAGCCAGUCCGGCCUCUCAGUCCCAGCUCUCACCCAAUGCCAAGGAGUUUGUGUACAACGGCAGCGGCUCAUCCAGCCUCUUCUUUGAUGGGGUGGAUGGCCAAGGCAACAGCACGUCAGUCCCCUUCGGGAGUAGUGGAGCUACCACCUGCAACCACAGCAGCUUUGAUGUGUCCCAGGUGUUCGGAGGUGGCACUAACAGCCUCUUCCUGGAGAAAACACCCUUCGUGGAAGGCCUCAGCUACAACCUGAACACCAUGCAGUACCCCAGCCAGCCCUUCCAGCCUGUCGUGCUGGCCAACUGACCAUCUUCCUGUCUGCCAGGCCAGGAGCACCCACGACCACAAAAAAGAGAACUGUACAGAAAGAUUCCAAUCUAUUCAUUCUCACAAUUAGGAGAAAGAUCGGCCCAGGCACAGAGUAGGAGGGGGCUCCCAAAGCACAAAGUUGGGUCUCACUCAGCCCCUGGCUGUUUUCCUGCCUGCCUCUAAUUUCAUUUGGUUUGAGUUUUGUAAUUUUUUUUUGUUACAUGUAGUUUUCUAUAUGACAUCUUUAAUUAGUGGUUUCCUACGCUAAGAAUGGUCCAGAUGUGAACUGCUGCUCCCCACUCCCUCCUUCGUGCUCCUUUGGGAUUGGUGUGUGCGAGCUCACAGGGAAGGAAGAGCAGCAGCUGGAACCAGACAUACCCUGGAGCAGGGAGAGGCUGGCCCCGUGUCUAUGGCCUCUACACUAUCUUCUCAGGCCCUGCCACCAAAUAUGUCUGGCCCUAGGCUCAACUCUCCCUCAGGCUGGGCCACAGGAGCUGCUGACUGACCACUUCACACCCUCCCCCUAAAGCUAAAUUCUGUGACUAUAGGGAGGUUAGCACUUUUUCUAGUUGGAAUCCUUCUCUGUCCUGUGGCCCCAUCCCUCACCCCUUCUUGGCCUGGACAAGAUAUAUGUAGCCCCUCUCUCUGGUGCAGCCUUUCCCGAGGAAGUUGGGGUAGAGUAUAGAGGUAGGAGUAAGUGUAUGUGUUUUUGUGUGUACAUUCAUGCCUGUGGGUGUGUGUGGCUUGCUGUCGUGUUCUAGAGGAUUCCAAGCCACGUGGACCUUCCCUCUCUGGGUGUGAUUCUGGGUUGCAACAAGUACUUAUUUAUGUGCAAGGCUGGAGGAUGGGCCCAGGGUGGAGUGGUAGUCCAUUUGUAAGGUUGUAGGGCAGUGUAUAUGGUGGGCUGAUGUGGUUAAGCCUAAAAAACUCCAGGGAAAGCAUUGCAUAAGGAGCUCGUUUUCCAGACUGCAGAGGGAUCUACACUUUUGUUUGUUUCUGACCAAAAAAAAAAAGAAAUUCUCAGCAGGGUGGGAGGAAUACCCAAGCCUGAUGCCUAAGAGGAGUCCUUAGACUUCAGCAACUGUUGUGCGACCUUAGCCCAGGGUAGGGACAGGGAGAGAAUUUAGUCACAGCCUGUGGUGGGCAGUACUGAGCCUUGAAUUUGAAACUUUGUGAUUUUUGGUUGUAGGUGUAAAUGCAUUUGCACCUGUCUGAGAACUUGUUGGUUCCUGUCUCUUGCCAGCCUGUGUCUGCCCUCACCUGGCACUACUUGACCUUGAUGCUGUGAGAUACGGUCUCCUGGGCAGGCAAGAGAAGCCCCUGGUUCCCCUCCUACUCCACUCUCCCCAGGGACUCCACGUGUGAACUGCUGUGGCAGCGAGCUGAGCCCAGACCGACACUGCCGACCCCAUCUCCUUGCAUUGGGCACUAGCUCUACCUCCCCCUGCAGGGCAAGGCCCUGAGUUCUCAGCCCAGCACCAUCUGUUCCUAGCCAGCCCAUUCUGGGCCUCCUGUCCCUUCAUCCUCAGCGCCCAUACAGGUGACAGUCCUGGAUGGAUAACUUCUCUGGGACAAGUUGGGUGUUGCCUUAUCCCCAUUUCCAGCCCUUCCUCCCACGUGCACACAGAUACCACCUGCACCCAAGCCAGCUUGUUUUUCACACAUGGGGAGACCAGAGCCCAGCCCCUUGUGUCUUUGAAGUAGGAAGAAAAAUGAGUGUUCAGGAACAUGACUCCUGGACUGGGCUUUUGGUCCCAGUUCAGUGUCUCAUCGCAAAUCUAGGCAUUUUUGCUUCAAUUUUAUUUUUUUUAAGAAAAAAAUAAAACUCUGCACUAAUUUACCUGGUUUCGUAGAAAAACUUUUUUUUAUUUUUUACAUUUUUUGGUGUCUGUUUGUAUUGAAUAAUUUGCUACAUUUGUAAAAUGUGAGAGGUAUAUAAUAUAUGUAUAUUUCUAAUGUAAGAAACGUAAUUUUUUCUUUUCAAGAUUUUUUCUUAAAAAGAGGAGAGAAACCAAUAUUUUUUCAGGAAAAACAAACUUUAAAAAACAGGAACAUGAAACCUUUUUCCUCCCCUUUCCCAUCCUCUCUAUCCCUAUCAUCCAGGAGCAAAACUGAAGGUGGAUUGUCUUGUUAAGAAUGUCAGCUGUCUCUCCAGAAUGCUGUCUUUUUCUCGAUGCUGUAGCAUCUCCCCCGGGGUGGAAAUAGGCAUCGAGGAAGCCAUAGAGAGGAACCCGGGAGCAGGGCAAUGAUCUUUUUUUUCUAGUGAAGGAAAAAUGCAAUCAAGACAUUUUGUAUUCAGACGUUGUGCAAUAUUUUGGAAUGAGACAUUGGUGUGUUUAGAGAUUUAGUUUCAAAACAAAGAUUGAUCAAAUCUGUACAGUUUAUAUUGUUCCAGAUUUUUUUAAGUUUGUAUUAAAAGCAUGAUAUAUAAUAG